ACUGACUUGAUGCUCCUCUUUAGCGAGCAGAGGCUCACACUUAGAUCAUACAGCCUCAGCCACAUUCAGCAUCCUCACCCUGACCAUUAUUUGUGCCUUCUUCUUCCUUCAGAUCUUUAUUGUAUCUGCAUAUUAUUAUUUUUAUAGACAGAAACCAGCACCGGUAUUGUAUCGUUUCCUGCUGAACCUGCAGCCCCAUCCUCCAUCCCACAUCUCCAGCAGUUCAGUUACUGAAACACUGCCCGGUGUCUUGGAUGUGUCGGCAGACUGCAGCGGUGCUCGCGGUGCUGACCGCCUGUCUCUGCGGGCAGCGGCUGUGCGCGGCGGCGAAGAUCCAGCAGCUCAACCACCGGCCGGUCAUCGGUGUGUUGGCUCAGGAAAAUCUUCCCGGAGACCGGUUUGCUCGUGGCUCCUCCUACAUCCCUGCCUCCUAUGUCAAAUACUUGGAGGGAGCCGGGGCGAGAGUUGUUCCCAUCAGAAUCAACCGCACAAAAGAAGAAUAUACCAACAUAUUCUACGCAAUAAAUGGGUUGUUGCUGCCGGGAGGAGAUGUAGAUCUUCAAACAUCGCAGUUCAGCCGAGCUGCCAGGAUUUUCUACAACUUGGCUCUGAAGGCCAACGAUGCUGGGGACUACUUCCCUAUCUGGGGGACCUGUCAGGGCUUCCAGCAGCUGUCUGUCCUCACAGCAAACAAAAACCUGCUCACCCUCACUGAUACCAAGGCUGUGGCUCUACCUCUCACUUUCUUACCAGCGGCCCAGUCCAGCCGUAUGUUCCGCAACUUUCCCAACGACCUGCUGCAGUCUCUGACUGAGGAAAACAUCACUUCCAACUUCCAUAAAUGGAGCCUGUCUUUGCAGAACUACUCCCGCAAUGCCAAGCUGAAGAAGUUUUACAAGGUCCUGUCCACUAACAACGACGGGAAGAAAGAAUUUAUCUCCACCAUGGAAGCCUACCGCUACCCGUUUUAUGCAGUGCAGUGGCAUCCAGAGAAAAGCACCUUUGAGUGGAUAGAUAAGCCCGGCAUGGUUCACUCCACGUCUGCUGUAAGAGCCUGCUUCUACACUGCCAGCUUCUUUGUCUCUGAAGCCAUGAGGAACCAGCACCACUUCCCCAGUCCUGUGGAGGAGGAGCGAGCUCUCAUCUACAACUUCUCUCCCAUCUACAGAGGCCCCCAUGCCAUCUUUGUGCAGAACUAUUACUUUGAUUGACUGACUCUACCGAAGACGAUCUUGGCCCGAGUUUAAAACUAAACUUUAUGGUAUCGUCUCUUACAGUAGCCUCAAACAUCAAGUCAGUAAUUAGCAGUUUAGCUGAGGUGGUUUGGACAGUAACAUGAAAAGCAGCCAACGGAACAGUGAUGAAAUGCAGUGAUAAAUAAUAGAAGAUGAAAAUAAAACAAAAUAUUAAAAAAU